UGGGUGUGAGAGGGUGUUAUAAAGUGGGGAACUUUCUUGUUUUUUUCCCCAAUGGUUUGCAUGCAGAAGGGAUGGGACUCAGUUUCCCUGGGUGUUACUGGUUUAACGAGGUGAUGGGAGAGGGAGUUUGUUUAUAGAGGACUAGCAAUGGAACUUGAGAUCCUGUACAAUGGCCUGGAAAAUGGAUACUCCAGGGACUGGUGACCAGGAGGCCCAGCUCGGAUGCCACAGCCAGUUCUGGCCAGUGGGAUGACAAUGGGCUGCAGAGAGAGGACCCUGGUGACCUUUCCAUCCAAUGGUGAACAAAAGACAGCUGAGAGGAGAGGAGGCCCAGGCAACCCUGUUUACCUGGACAGAAGACAAAGGCCAGAGAUGGAGGCAGGAGACCAGGAGGUGAGCAGCAUGAAACUGCAGACAUUGUCGUUACUGCCCGAGGAGCAGAUAGUGACACUUCGUCAACAGAUGGUGGAAAGCCAGGCAUCCUAUCAACGCAAGCUGCAGAGCUCCCAAGAGGCACAGCAUAGGCAGGCAGUGCUUGUGCAGAAGCUACAAGCAAAGGUGCUGCAGUACCGGAGUUGGUGUCGGGAGCUGCAACAGAGGCUGGAAACGGAAAGGGGGGGGCCCAUUUCACACAGGUGGGAAGCCAAGGAGGAGCACAGCCUGGAGAGGGCUCUGGUCCAGUUGGAGGAGGAGCAGCAGAGAUGUGAGAAUCUAGCUGAAGUGAACACCCUGCUCCGGGAGCACCUGGGCAAGGCAAAUGAGGUGAAUACAGCCCUUAGAGAGGAUGUGCGAAAACUGACAGUUGAUUGGACAAGGGCCCGGGACGAACUGGAGCUCAAGGAGAGCGAAUGGCGCACUGAACGUGAGUUCUUUGAGGGGUACUUGAGGUGUGAACAUGAUCGACUUCUCAGCCUGUGGCGGCAGGUGGUGACCUUCCGCCGUCACUUCCUGGAGAUGAAGAGUGCAACUGACAGGGACUUGUCAGCACUGAAGGCAGACCAGAUAAGACUUUCUGGAUCAAUACUUGUCAGCUGCUUCCAUCUAAGUUCUGGUACGCGGCACUGGGAGCCAAACACUUUGGAAAGAUCUGCCCCGAGGGAUCAGACACAGCAGCUUUGUGCCAGGGCUCAGGAGCUGGAAAAGGAAGUAUACCAGAAAACCCAAGAAGUGAUGUGCUUGCAGGUCAAAGGGGAUAUGGAGAAAGGGGAGCUUCAGGACAGGGUGAUGGAGCUCUCAGCCUUGCUGGCGCAGUCCCAGAAGCAGAAUGAGGAGAAAGAAAAGACCGUGAAGACGCUUAGUGACACGAUGGAGAUUCUGGAGGCCAGUCGGUUGGCGGUAGAAUAUAAAGCUUCACUGACCAAGAAUGCCAAAGAAGAGACCCUUUCCCUUCAUCAGGUGCUAAAAGACAUAACUCAGGCAGUGCUAGACGAUACUGACAACGCAGUCAGCAUCUCAUGGGUUGAGAGCUCCCAGCAUCCUGAAUCCAGCAACCUCUCCUCCCUGCUGAGUUCCAGUGACAUGGAAAGGGCCCUCGUUCUGGUGCAUGAAGCAUUGUCAAGGAGGUGCCAAGCAGUACAGGCCCUAAGGGAGCAGCUUUCAGCCAGCCAGGACUCUGUCCAUUCUCUGCAACAUCAGCAAAGGCAGCAGGAAGAGGAGUGUAAGAUGCUGAGGCAGAGGCUCCAGCAGCUGGAAGAGAACUGCAAGACACUCACCAGCCAGACGCAGCACCUCCAGUCCCUGGUGGAAACUCUCAGCAGUGAUCGUGUGAACCUGGAGAAGGCCAGGGAAGAGCUGCAGCAGCAACUGGAGGUGUCUGAGCAGGAGGCCUGGCGAUUGCGCCGAAGCAACACUGAGCUACAACUGAAGGAAGAUUUGGCUCAAGGGGAGAAGGAGGAGCAACAGCUGGAGAUGGAGAGGAUCCUUCGGGAGAGGGAGCGCCUUCAGAAGGCUUUAGCUGCACUUGAAGCAAAGCAUUCAUUGUUAAAGAGCGAGUUGGUUGCCAGGAGGGAGGCGCUGGAGAAAUCUCACCUUGAUGGGGAGUUGAUGAAGCAAGAGAAACAUGAGCUUGCCAUGGCACUGGAGAGGGCAGAACAGUCAAUUGCUGAGUUGACAGGGGUUCAAAAUAAACUGAAGGCAGAAACCGCUGAUCUGCAUGAUGUGGCUGAGAAGAUGAGUGGCAUUAAUGAGGCUCUAGCUUUGGAUAAAAUGCAGUUGAAUCAGCUUGUCCUGCAGUUGGAGCAGGAGAAUCAGGCUUUGUCAAGCAAAGUGAAGGACAUGCAGAGAGCAACAACCUCUGUGCAGGAGGAGCUGAGCCUGUCCGAAAGAGCAAAUGAGGCGCUCUGUGCAGAGAAAACCCAUCUGGAGCAGUUGCUGCAGAAGGCUAAGGAGCUACAGGAGGGACUGCAAGCAGAGUUGGAUGUGCUGAGAGAUGAGAGAAAAGAGACCCAUGAGGUGAUGAGUCAGAUGUGUCGCCAGGAGGAGUCAUCCAGCACUGACUUGGAGAAAACACGUCUGGAGUCAAGUCGCCGUGGAGAUGCAUUGGCUAAAGUAUCCAGAGAAAAGGAAGCCCUGGUGCGUGAGAAGGCAGCACUGGAGGUGCGACUAGGGGCUGUGGAGCGGGACAGACGUGGCCUUUCAGAGCAGCUGGCAGAGCUCAGAUCAGCAAAGGAGAUCUUAGAAUCCAGCCUGUUCGAGGCUCAGCAGCAGGUGUCUCAGUUGGAGGUCACUAGGGGUCAGUUGGAAAUCAAGGUUCAAACAGUCACCCAGGCCAAAGAGGUGAUACAAGGAGAAGUGAAGUGCCUUCGUUGUGAGCUGGAAACAGAGAGAUCCACAAUGGAGCAGGAGCGGGAGGAUAUGGCACAGCAGCUCUCACGGACAGAGCAGCAAUAUCAAGAUACCCUUAGCCUUCGUCAAGCUGCGUACGAGGAGGAAAUGGACAAGCUCCUGCGAGAGCUGAAGAGUGAGCAGGAAUGGCACCGCGCAGAGCUGAAAGAGAUGUGGGAGCUCUCAGCCCAAGAGAAAGCAGAGGCAGAAGGGGCUUAUGAGAAGAAGCUGUUGGAGCUGAAGCAGGAGGCUGCUACUAUGCAAUCUCAGAAAGAAGAGGAGCGAGCUAGGGCUGAAAAUGCCAGGCAAGAGGUGCUGCUAGAGAAAGAGAGGGAGAAGAAGUCUUUGCUGGAGGCACUGCUCCAAACACAGGAAGAGUUGACAGAUGCCUGUCAGCAGCUGGAGCAGCUUCGCCAAGAGGUGAAGAAGCAACAGAAGGAGCAGGACACCAUGGAGGGGCUGCAAGCUGAGCUCCAGGAAGCUCAGAAUCAGAUGGAGGCAGUGGAGAGCAGGCACCUGGAAGAGGUCAAAACCCUCAAACAGGAAAUAGACAUUCUCCUUCUGCAGCGAGACACCCUGCGAAACCAGGAGCAAGAGCUAGUGGUCACCAAGGAUUCCUGGCAACAGAUUGGCCUGGAGGCUCAGCGGCAAUUGAACGAGGUGCAAAAAUUAUCCAACCAGAAGAUACUGGAGGCUGCUCAUAUCCAGAAGAUGUUAGAGGGGGAGAGGAGUCGACGGGAGGAGGCAGAGUGUCAGAACACAGAGCUCCAGGCCACACUCAGAGCCCUGGAGGGGGAGAGGAGCCAAUGGGAGGAAGUGGAGCGUCAGAACACAGAGCUCCGGGCCACGGUCGGAGCGUUGGAGGAGGAGAGGAGCCAACGGGAGGAGGCGGAGCGUCAGAACACAGAGCUCUGGGCCACCGUUGGAGCCCUGGAGGGGGAGAGGAGCCAAUGGGAGGAAGUGGAGCGUCAGAACACAGAGCUCCGGGCCACGGUAGGAGCCCUGGAGGGGGAGAGGAGCCGACGGGAGGAGGUGGAGCGUCAGAACACAGAGCUCCGGGCCAUGGUCGGAGCCCUGGAGGGGGAGAGGAGCCAACGGGAGGAAGUGGAGCGUCAGAACAGAGAGCUCCGGGCCACGGUCGGAGCCCUGGAGGGGGAGAGGAGCCGACAGGAGGAGGCGGAGCGUCAGAACACAGUGCUCCGGGCCACGGUCGGAGCCCUGGAGGGGGAGAGGAGCCGACGGGAGGAGGUGGAGCGUCAGAACACAGAGCUCCAGGCCACAGUCGGAGCCCUGGAGGGGGAGAGGAGCCGACGGGAGGAGGCGGAGCGUCAGAACAGAGAGCUCCGGGCCACAAUCGGAGCCCUGGAGGGGGAGAGGAGCCGAUGGGAGGAAUUGGAGCGUCAGAACACAGAGCUCCAGGCCACGCUCAGAGCCCUGGAGGGGGAGAGGAGCCGAUGGGAGGAAGUGGAGCGUCAGAACACAGAGCUCCAGGCCAGGCUCAGAGCCCUGGAGGGGGAGAGGAGCCGAUGGGAGGAAGUGGAGUGUCAGAACACAGAGCUCCAGGCCACGCUCAGAGCCCUGGAUGGGGAGAGGAGCCGAUGGGAGGAGGUGGAGCGUCAGAACACAGAGCUCCAGGCCACAGUUGGAGCCCUGGAGGGGGACAGAAGCCAAUGGGAGGAGGUGGAGCGUCAGAACACAGAGCUCCGGGCCAUGGUCGGAGCCCUGGAGGGGGAGAGGAGCCAACGGGAGGAGGCGGAGCGUCAGAACAGAGAGCUCCAGGCCACAAUCAGAGCCCUGGAGGGGGAGAGGAGCCGAUGGGAGGAAUUGGAGCGUCAGAACACAGAGCUCCAGGCCAGGCUCAGAGCCCUGGAGGGGGAGAGGAGCCGAUGGGAGGAGGUGGAGCGUCAAAACACAGAGCUCCGGGCCAUGGUCGGAGCCCUAGAGGGGGAGAGGAGCAGACGGGAGGAGGCGGAGCGUCAGAACAGAGAGCUCCAGGCCACUAUCGGAGCCCUGGAGCGGGAGAGGAGCCGAUGGGAGGAAGUGGAGCGUCAGAACACAGAGCUCCAGGCCACAGUUGGAGCCCUGGAGGGGGAGAGGAGCCGAUGGGAGGAGGUAGAGCGUCAGAACACAGAGCUCCAGGCCACAAUCGGAGCCCUGGAGGGGGAGAGGAGCCGAUGGGAGGAGGUGAAGCGUCAGAACACAGAGCUUCAGGCCACAGUCGGAGCCCUGGAGGGGGAGAGGAGCCGAUGGGAGGAGGCAGAGCGUCAGAACACAGAGCUCCAGGCCACUCUCAGAGCCCUGGAGGGUGAAAGAGCCAGCCUUGCUCUGACCCUGGAGGGGAAGGAGCUGAGACUCAGGACCUUCCAGGAGAGAGAUGAUGCCCAGCUGAGUGAGAUCAUCAGCCUGCAGGCAGCCAUUUGCCAAGCUCAGCAGCUCCAUUCUGACCACAGAAGAGAGAUACAGGAGCUCAACACACAGGUCCACUCACUCAGGCAGGCAGUGCUAGAGAAAGAGGCUGGUUUAGUGGCCCAGGAGAAGCAGCUGUCACAGGAUCUGGAGGAGUCACGGGCGGGUGAACGGCAUUUGAGGGAUUUGCUGCGGACAGUAGAGGCAGAGGUGUCUCAGCUGCGCCUUAGCCUUUGCAGCACAGAGAGCCGGGCAGAGGCACUGGCUGUGGAGUGCCACCGCGCCAGCAGUGCCCGCUGUGAAGCAGAGUCCCAGCUGGCCAGGCUGCACACCGUUCUGCAGCACACACUGCGUGGCAGCACUCUUGCAAGUGGAGACCUUGUCACAUGGAGUGCAGAACAGGACCGUGUUUGUGGGCUUACUGGGCCUCAAUCUAAGGCCCUCCCCAUAGAGCUCACAGCAGAGAAAGUGGCAACAGCCUUCCGGAACCUGCACCAGGACCUGAGGCAGACUCUGCAAGAUCGGGAUGAUGCCAGGAACAAGGCUCAGAAGCUGGAGCAAGAGCUGAGCAAAAAGGAGGCCGAGAGGGACUGUUUCAGAGCCCACACUCAAGAGCUGCAGAAGUGGUUGUCCCAAAGCCAGGAAGAGAUGCGGAUGGUAGAAGGGAAGCAGGGCUCACUCCAGGCCACGCUGCAAGAAGAGGUCGUUGCCCUAAAGAAGGAGGUUGUGACGUUGCAUGGGGAGGUUGCAUCUUUGGAGAGGAGCCUUGAGGGCACCGAGAAGCAAAGAAGGGAUGUUGUGCAUGAACGGGACAUGCUGCAAACAGCUAAGGAGAAACUGGUACGGGAGAUGGACCUUCUACAGGAAUCAGUCUCUGCCUCUGAGACUCGGGCAAACAUAGCAGCAAAGAUGAGCCGCUCCCUAGAACAAGAGCUUCAAACAACCCUCUCUGCCCUGAAAAUGAAAAGUGAGGAAGCAGAGACUCAACAGGAGGGAAUCCAAACAUUGCAGAAGGAGGCUGCCUUGGGGAAGGCUUUGCAGGAAAAUCUGGAUCACCUGACUCUUGCCUUAAGCCAGAGAGAUGGAGAAAUGGAAACACUGCAAGAACAGAUUAGCAAGCUGGAGCAGCAGAGAGAAGUGCAAAGAACAGCUUUAGAUCACCUUACUAAAGACCUAGAGGAGAAGGACAGAGAGGUGGAAUCCCAACAAGAACAGAUUCAGGAACUAGAGAAUCAGAGGGAAAUGCAGAAGACUGCUCUAGAACGACUGACUUUAAACCUACAGGAGAAAGUAAAGGAAAUUAAAUUCCAGGAAGAGAAAAUCCAGACUCUGGAAGAACAUGGAAGAUCACAAAUGAAAGCUCUGCUGGAGGAGCUCUAUCUGAUCAAAGCAGACUUGAGGGAAAAAGAUUGUGAGCUUAUGUCUCAGAGAAAGGUAGCUGAAGAAUUGAAAGAGGAGGAGAAAAAGCAGGUGAAGGUUCUGCGCACAAGCCUAGAACACAUGAAAGCAAUUCUCGGGGACAAAGAGAGUGAGAUCGAAUCGCAGCGGGAGCAGAUAAGGAGUUUCCAGCAGUAUGAGGAUCAGCGGGAGGAAGAGCUACAGGACCUGCGGGAGAAAGUAAAACAGAUGACCCUCACUCUGACUCAGAGAGAUCAAGAGCUUGAGUCACAACAAAAGCAAAUUCAGAAUAUUAAGGAAGAGAUGGAAAUGAAGCUAAAGUCUCUUUGUGAACAUCUGGAGCAAACACAAGCAGCCUUAAAAGACAAAGACAGAGAGCUGGAAUUCCAAAUGCAGCAAAUACAGAAACAUGAGGAAGAAGCAGAAGGGCAGAUGAAGGUUUUACAGAGAGAUUUAGAAUAUGCCAAGGAAGAACUAAAGGAGAGAGAUGGAGUGAUUAAGUCUCAGAAAGAGCAGAUCUGGACACUCCAAAAACAAGAAAGAGAAGUUGAGCAAGAGGUGAAAACUCUUGACCGUCUUGAAGCAAUAUUAAGGGAGCGAGAGCAAGAAAUCGAAUCCCUGCAAAAGCAAUAUGAGGAGUACAAAACAGAGGAGGAGAAGCAGGCAAGAGCCAUGCAAGCAAAUCUUCAACAAACACAGGUGACUCUGCGGGGGAGAGAGAGGGAAAUAGAGGCCCUUGAGGAAGGAAUCCAUAAGCUUCAGCAGCAUGAGGAAGAUGCAGUGACACAGACUAAGGCUGUCUUGAAGACACUUGAAUAUACCAAAUCGUCUCUACAAGCCAGAGACCAGGAGAUAGAGUAUUUGCAAGGGCAUGUCAAGGAGCUGUUAGGGCAGAAAGAGCUGGAAGAAAAGUGUGUCAGGAGCUUACAGCAGGAUCUAGACAGAAUGAGCCAAAUAGUGAAGGAGAAGGAUGUAGAACUCCUCAAGCAGGCGGAGCAAAUUAGCAUAUACCAGCUUCAAGAAGAAAGAAUGCAGGUGGCACUAAAGUCCUGCCAGAACCAAGCAAGUUGUCUAGAGGAAGUUGUAAGAGAGCGAGAGUGGGAGAAUGAGACUCUCAUUCAACAGCUCCAGCACCGAGAGGAAGAGCAGGAGACCCUGCACCGUCUCCAGCUUACACUGGCUGAGAAGGAGGAGAGACAUCACAGAGAGAGAGAGCAGCUUCUAGAAGAAGCCCUGAACAAGACGGAACAGGAGAUCAAGGCCCAAGAUAAGCGAAAACAAUUGGAAGAGGAGGAGGUGAAGGGUCUUCAAGAAUGUCUCCAGCAUCUCCAGCAGACACUGGCCAAAAAGGAUGAGGAGAUCAAACACCAGAGAGAGAGAGUCAGGGGCCUGGAGGAGACUCUGAAAGGGAGAGAGCAGGAGCUGAGGACACAGGGUGAGCUCCUGAAGCAGCUCACCUCAGCUCUGCAAAGGAGAGCUGGUGAAGGGGAGACUCUAAAGAACCAAAUCCAGAAACUCCUGAGAUGGGAGACAGAGGAGGCAGCCAAGAGGAAGGUUCUCCAGGAGAGAGACCAGCAAUUGGAAAGGCAGAAGGUGUGGAUCCAACAGCUGGAAGAGGAGAAAAAGGUGAAGGAUCAGGAACUGGAGCACAUGAUGGCUGUUCUGAAGCAGACUGAGAGUGUGGAGAUAGAAUGGAGGGAGAAAGCACAGGCCUUGGCUUUGUCCCUGGCCCAGAGCGAAGCAGCCAGUAGGACCCUGAGGGAGGAAAUGGCUGUCCUACAGAGCAUGGUAUCAGAGCGGGAUAAGGAUCGGCUUCAUCUUCAGGAGCAGCUUGCUUCAGCUCUCAGAGACCUAGAGGAGAGCGUUCCAAACAAGGCUCUGAAUGGAGAUGCGGAUCUGCUGCUUAGAGAGGAGAGAGCAGGGAAACAGCAGGCCAUGGGAGAGGAAGAGGAGCAGCUGGCAGCCGGGGCAGAGAGGAGACUGCUGCAGCAGCGGCUGGAACGUCUGCAGCGAGCUGUCGCAAGGCUGGAACAUGACAAAACUGAGCUGGAGCAGCUCAACACCCAACUCAGGAGGACUCUAGAGCAGGUGGAGCGUGAGCGGAGGAAGCUGAAGAGGGACCGUGCUGGCCUCUCACUGCCAGAUGCCUGUGGACUUCCUGUGUCUGACUCUGGGCAGAAUAAAGCAUCAACUUCAGGACAGGAGGAGGCCCGGGCUCUCCGUAGGCGACUCGCCGAGUUGCAGAAGCAGGUGUCUCUUCUGCAAACCCAGCUGGUGCUGGAGCGGAAGCACAAGCAGGACUACAUCAAGUGCUGUGCAAAGACCAGCCAGGAGCUGUCGGGCCUGCACCAGGAGCUCUCUCACUCCUUAGCAACUGUGGCCAGGGAGCCCAAGGCUGCUGUUCUAGAAGCAGAAACGCGGAAGCUGGAUGAAUCCCUGAACCACAGCUUGGCCCUGGUGGCUCUAGGGUGGGACGGCCAAUCUCCGGAGAUACACCCUCUGAGUUCCACACCCAGAGCAGCCCAGCAGAAUGAGUUGAGGUAGCAGGAUCAGCGUUCAGCAAAUGGGUCACAGCAGGAACAAGGUCCAACCCUACGUAUGGUUUGGCAAUGCCAUUUUCAAGGGUGCCAUGGACAAUAGACUCUUGCCCACCUUGCAGAAGAUCCUACGUGGCAGUGGAAAAGGUGGCGAUUGUCCCUUCAAGAGCCAUCCCCUCCAUUUUCAUGGGCCAGACCUCCUCAGGGCCAGCCUGCCCGCUGACGUGGCCCUGACUCUCGUAGCCCCAGCCGAAUACCAGUCCUCAGGAACAUUGAACCACAUGGUUGGUUGUGGCACAUGGGAGGAUGGAACCAAUAAGAACAUGGGUUUUCCCCCUUCUUCACAGCCUGUGUAUCCUGAGGAAUGUCCCCAGAGUGUGCAGAGACCUGCUGUAGGGAGUGAAUUCAGGGGCGUGGGGUUGUGUCAAAGCUGAGACCUGGGGCAGGGGGGCAAUAGUGCUUGCUAUGGAAACACCAUAGGCAGCAGUGUUCACCAUGGAAACUUUCCAGCAGGACUGUGCCAGGGGACCAGAGGCUGGAGCUGGCUGAGCAGGGCUCAGAGAUUGGAGGCGAGCUGGAAAAAGGCUCUAGGGUUGACUGGCAGCAGCAGAUUGGUGGAAUUUUCCUUUUCUGAAGCACACGAUUGUUGCCUGCCCCAGAAAUGUUGCUGUUACAAGGUGCCCCCAGAGAUUGCCCUCAUGCUGCCUGGAGAGCUGCUCCCAAAUGACUUUGUACUGUUUCCCUUUUAGUAGGAGCUCCAGCGGGAUCUGUUUUUUCAGCUUUUACAAUAAAGUUAUUCCCUACGAAAGAGGUUUAUUUUCCCUCGUUUAAUCUUUUCCCUCUAUCAAAAACCUCCUUCCAUGUGGCUCCAGUUCUAAAAAUGCCCUUGGGACUUUCUCUUCCUGACCUGCGCUUCAGUACCGUGAGAUGGGCGCUGUCCUGCAGUGGAGCUCUUCCUUGUGCAGUUUGCUUUGUGCCUGGCUGAGCUGGGAGGAAGCUGGGCAGAAGGGCAUAGCCCCAGGAAAUAUCUCUUCUCUUGCACAUUUCCUGCCCUGCUCCCCAGGCCUGCUGUUUGUUGCCUGUGCUGCAGGAGGGAAGCAUAACACAACAGGCCUGGUCUACACUAGGACUUGAAUUCGAAUUUAGCAGCAUUAAUUCGAAUUAACCGUGCACCCGUCCACACCAGGAAGCCAUUUAAUUCGACCUAGAGGGCU